AUGCAAAACCUACUUUUCGGAUUUAAGAGAAAUGGAGGAUUCAGUUGUAACAUGCAUGAACAAAAACCUAUGACUAACCAACAAAAAGGAAAAGAAAUAAACCGAGUUCUUACCCAAGUGUUUCGCAAGGAGAUUGCGAACGGUCUCCCUCGACCGCGAACGUCAGACCGAGAAUUAGUCUUACUCACAACUCAGCAGAUCAGUGGAGAACAGAGGAGGAUCAACGGCAGAGUCGCAGCGAUAGGUGGCGGAGUCAAUCGCACCAAAGUUACGGCAGCGUGCCAGAGUUAUCGCCGGAAUCGUAGUGGAUUGUGCUCAAGAUUGGCAACUUUACUUGCUUGA